AUGUCUGGUCCUUCUCAACGUUUAAGAAAAAUUUUGCAAAGAAAUAGAGCUGCCUUAGGAUUGGAUUUAUCAAAUAUUAGUGAAAAUAACGAAACUGACAGCUCUAACGAAUCUGGUAGUCCCGAAGAUUCUGAAGGUUUUAGAAGUUACAAUCUAACAGAAAAUAAUCCUUCUGAAACUGAGGACGAAUUAAAUGGUGUCUUAAGGAAUGCUUCCUGGUCCCAGCACAAUCGAGAACCUAAGCUGAAGAAACCUUCAUUGAGUCAAUGUAUUACUUGGAGUGGCAACAAGCACGUUAAAAAUUAUUCGGGCAAAAUUUUAGAAUACAUAAUAAUUGACAAUAUCGAAACUUACUCAGUUGAACAAAGCAACCAACCUUUGGUCAAGUACGAUCCUCACCAUCCAGCCCUCGAGCUUUUCUUUGACACCGGUGUGACGGAAAUAGUGAGGGAUAACUAUUCUAAGAUCAUGGCAUUCAAUUUUCAUAAAGCUGACUACAACGCUUUCAAUUCUCACUUUUCCAAUAUGGAUUGGUCUUUCAUCGACGAACCUUUGAACCUUGAUGAGAUAGUGGAAAAUUUCUAUCGCAUUGUUUAUUCUGCCCUUGAUAGAUUUGUGCCUAAACGAGCCGUCGCAGAUAAUAAGUUUCCGAAGUGGUAUAGUGCUCCACUAAAAAAACUUAAUAGUUUUUAA